AUGGCUGCGACACCCUGGACCCUAGUUCGUCUCAUGGAUGAGUGCGAGAAUGCGGAGAAGGAGAAUUCCAGCGAUGAAGUCUUCAUCUCAACUACUACGAUCGAAUUGUUGACAUCGGAAGAGUGCGUCAGCGACAUCCUAAAAGAACAAAAAUGUCCAAAUCAGGGUGCCUUGAAGAAACGGAUUUAUGAUGAAAAAUGCCCUGCAAAGAUCAUCUUUCUCAUCUUGGCUCGAACCGGCAAGCUAGAUCGCAUUGACCAGUUCUUAUCCAAUGGCUUUUCUGAUCACCAUCUUCCUAUAGAGCUUCUAUGGACGCGUGGAGAGUACAUGUUCAGAAGUGCAAAAGAUUCAAACUGGACUACUGCUCCCUUUGGAGCUGGAAUUGACUACAAUGAUGUCGACUAUUUCAUUCAGAAGCAAUGGCCAUUCUUAGCUCCUAUCUUUGAGAGGGAGUUCGAAUAUGUGCUGCAACAAAAGGUUCCUUUACCGUUGGUCAAGCAAGGGAAACCUGUUAUCUCAGGGUUUAGCUCCGUUUCGGAGAUUGAGAUGCACCCUGCGCAUGUUCCAGAGCAGGUAGAACACUCAAUGGCCAUGAAGAAAAUGGAGCUGGAGAGCGAAGAUCAAAUCAAGUAUGUCAAAAAAGAGAUGACUAACGUAACGUCUCUUCGAUUGCUGGAUCAUGACCACCUUGUCAAAGCAAUUCUUGCCUGCACCAGAGGAAAGCAGGCCUUAUUCUUCUUUCCAUGGGCGAAGGGAGGAGAUCUAUAUAAAUUCUUUAAAACCAACUCGACCGAGGGCAUGGCUGCUAUCAUAUGGAUGCUUGAUCAAAUGGUCGGACUCUCCAGCGCUUUGAGUCUGUUGGCGGAUAAGGGAUAUCGGCAUGGUGAUCUCAAGCCUGCCAAUAUCCUCCUGUUCCCGGAGAAGUCUGGUAGCUACCGCCUCAAGAUAACAGACGUUGGACUCUCGAAGCUUCACAUUCUGGCAACAAGCAGGAGACUAAACGGGACGACUGCCAAGGCUACCACGAGGCGAUACAGCCCCCCUGAAUUCGACCUCUUGUUUGAUGAAGACGGGGAGCCAGUUGAAGACUCUGACGAUAUCAAGCUAUCACGCAAGUUCGACAUUUGGUCUCUCGGCUGCGUCUUUAUCGAGUUUCUCAUCUGGGCCACACUGGGCCGGCAAGAGUAUAAGGAAUUCGACCGGUCUAUGAAAAGUCACCGACGUUUCUGGAACUCUGCACAAGAAGACCUUGACACUAAGGUCAAAGAUCGUAUACAAAAGCUGGAGGAUUCUUCUGAAGACACACCGUGUGACAAAGCUGUCCAGCGAAUUCUGACCUUGGUUCUGGAGCAAAUGCUCAUUGUCAACAGCGAUGAUCGUAGAAGUGCUUCGGAUAUUCACAAGGAAUUGGAAAGUAUAAGAGAUAAUUACGGUGAGUAUCUCCAGCCGAGGAACGUGGUUGAUUUGCCGCUAGGCCUGACUGCCGAGCAGGCCGCCGAGUCCGACCAUUGUCAAAACGGUCAGGGUCCGUUAGACGGAAGCAACGCCACGAGUCGAAGCGCUCCUGAGCAAUCUGGUACCCAAACCAAUGGUCUAAAUACUACAGCUGUCCCUUCGGGUAAUACCGCUGCUAUGAUUCAAAGCGCCAAGCUCCUUAAUCAAUGGAAAGUCAGUCCAGACAAUGAGUUUGCACUGAAAUUCUUCUCUGAGACUACCAGGCCCAGCCCAGCAGAAAGGGGUCAACUGUGCGACUCUUGUUCGAGACUUCAAAUCUGGGAGCCCAAUGCUACGAUAUCUGGUACAGUGAGGGACUUCGGAACUCGUACGUCGGCAUGUAAUUUGUGUAAUCUUCUCUACGCCGUCUCCCAAAAGAUUGGCCUUCAAGAGGGUCAGGAAUUACAAUGCGUUCGGAACGGCCCUACCCUCAACUUAAAUGGGCGUGACGGUCUGCCAAUCCUGUCACUGUUCUCGGAUCCUGCCUUCCAUGCUCAUGAUCUUGGAUCAGCCCAAGUUGGAUAUCCAACUUUGUCCCCUGCAGAAAGCCUUGAGCGGUAUCAUCUAUUUCAAGAGUGGCUCCACAUAUGUGAUAAUGAUCACGGCCAUGCACGAGACGCAUCCCCUGGAGGCUGUGCUGUCCAGAUGCCCACUAGACUGAUUCGCGUGGGCGAGUCGAGCGAGCACUUGGAAGACAUUAAAGAUUCUGGCUUUCUACGUUAUUUUGCUCUAAGCCACUGCUGGGGAGGCAGCACGAGCCUGUCUACUCUGACUAGCAACAUCAACAAAUUCCGCAUUGAGAUACCGCACGAGCAACUACCUCUUAAUUUCCAGGAAGCCAUCAAAGUCACGAGAGCACUCAAGAUCCCAUACUUGUGGAUAGACUCACUGUGUAUCAUCCAGGAUGAUCCGGAAGACUGGCGACGAGAAGCUGCCCGAAUGGGUCAGGUUUUUAGCAACGCCUACUGCACUAUCGCGGCGACGUCAGCUUCGACGUCAGAUGAGGGCUUUCUUACUCCAAAGCUCAACUCAACACUUUCCGCGACCUUAGCAACUCCUGGUGGUGGUCUCCUUCACAUUUCAGAGUUUAUGGAAGAUUGUGAUAGGGAUUUAGAGUCAGCGCCCUUGAAUACCCGCGGCUGGGUGAUGCAAGAGCGAGCUUUGUCCAGAAGAACACUUCACUUCACCAAGACGCAGGCAUACUGGGAAUGCGGAAAUGGGUUGCAGUGUGAGAGGCUCUUGAAAUUGUCAAAUCCUCAAUCGGCUCUGUUCGCAGACUCGGAUUUCCCCAAGGCCAUACUCAAGUACUACAAAGGUGGACGAAUCACUCUAUUUCAGAAUCUUUACGAGAGGUAUUCCAGGCUCAGUUUUAGCUACAACUCAGACCGGCCAGUGGCCAUUCUGGGUCUGGAGAAACACCUUUCAACUGUCCUCCAGACUCGCGGCAAGUUUGGUGUCUUUGAGCAGUACCUGGCGAGAAGUCUUCUCUGGUCCCGACCUGAGGAUAUCUUCCUGAAAAGUAUCACGUUCCAAGAUGACCAUCGGGUUCCUUCCUGGUCAUGGAUGGCAUACGAGGGCCCGAUCACAUAUGCGAACAUGCCUUUUGACAAGGUCGAAUGGAGUACAGACUGCUCGCUUCAGUCUGGAGAGGAAACCGGUACAGACAGCAACAGGACUGUAUUGCAAGCAGUUGCUAGAGAUAUCAUAUUGGAUAAGCUGGAUAUGCAAGAUAGAGUCAAACUUGAUGAAGGACCUGGGUUCGAACCAUCCAGCUUGCGGGGAAUUGUCCUUGGUAAAGACAAGAAACUAGAAUCGCGGGCCGAGGUACACUACGUUCUCCUCGUUACCUUAUCCGAAGACGAACCAGAGCAGGCAAAGGUUUAUGUCCGAGUUGGAGUGGCCUGGCUUCUUGAAAAUAACAUCGCAAGGGAUGGAGAGGAUGUUGUGAUUUACUAG